AUGGCCGAUGCAAGACAUAUUGCGCACAUCAUCGAGGCUGCGCUGUUUGAGGAGAAUUUUAGCUUCCUCUCGUAUGAAACAGUGAAUUUUUGCAUCAACAAGCAACGAUCAGGGGCUCUUCAUGCACCUUGCAUCAAGGCAACAAUACUUAGUUACUUCACCUCCUCACAAAAGCGGCCAAAAGAGACUAUUCAUCGUCACACAGGACUUUUUACAGCAAUUUCUCCAGAGCUAGUGGCAUUUGCACUCAUAACGAUCGAAUGUGCACUGAGGGAGUGGGUAGGGGGAAGCCGCACCGUCAUAGCCUUUUCAAGUGAAAGCUUUUCCGGACGCUUUGCUGGACACCUCAAGUGGAUCCACGAAUGGGGCAAACGUUCCCCUGACAACUGGAGGGAAGUUUCUGAUGAUCUUCUCAAGGCAGUAGCAACUCGUUGUGAAUAUACAGAAUGCAGAGAUGCUACCAUAGCACGUGUGCUCCACGACGAUGAUUAA